AUUACGCACCGGAGGGAGGGACAAGAGAAGAAGGCGCCGGAGAAAGCCGAAAGGACCCGAAGGCGACGCAGCGGAGUGGCUGAGGGCUUCGCCGGACGGAGCUCACCGCUUGCUCUCUCUUCCACAGUUUUGCGUGGUCCUUAUAUGGCCUUUGAAGCGGCGAUUUGUUGUUAUGCCGGUAUUUUGCUGACUCCCUAGGCAGAGGCAUAAUGGACUGACGGUGAUACAGGGCAGUGGAAAAAUACAGAAGUUUCAAUGGCUAAAGAGUCGCGCCCGAGUCCGCCGAUGUUGUCGGUUUAUCUGUACAUUCCCAAUGUGAUUGGGUACUUGAGAGUGCUCAUGAACUGUGUUGCUUUUGGUGUAUGCUUUUCCAACAAGAGACUUUUCUCUGUUCUGUACUUCUUAAGCUUUGUCUUUGAUGGCAUUGAUGGUUGGUGUGCUCGCAGAUUUAAUCAAGUUUCAACCUUCGGAGCUGUCCUGGACAUGGUAACAGACAGGAUAAGCACAGCUUGUCUUCUGGUAAUUCUGUCCAACGUAUACAGGCCUGGCAUGAUUUUCUUGUUAUUGCUCGCCUUAGAUAUUGCAAGCCACUGGUUCCAGAUGUACAGUACUUUCUUGUCGGGCAAGGUUAGUCAUAAGGAUGUGAAAGACAGCACGAGCUGGCUCUUCAAACUAUACUAUGGAUACAGACCAUUUAUGGCAUACUGUUGUGUGGCAUGUGAGGUUCUCUACAUCGCUUUAUUUCUGUUGGCAGAAAAAAAUUCCGAAAAUUUAACAGAUGUACUGGUGAGUUCUGUGAAACGAUGCUCAGCCCUCUCGUUUCUACUGGUCGUAAGUCUGUUUGGAUGGACUAUAAAACAAGCCGUCAACGUUAUACAGAUGAAGACAGCAGCUGAUGUUUGUGUGCUCUAUGACAUUGCCAAGAAGGCUUAGCUCCGGUUCAUGUGGUGAAAUCAGGUUCCAGUGACUAGCCGUCAACCAUCGGACACUUAAUGCUCAAGUUUCCCGUGACAGAACUUUUGGAUGAAACCUGUGUAGUGUUCUACACCUUUCGAGCUUAUAUUAUAUGUAUUCCUUCUUCUCCCCCUAUGUAUAUUUAUACAGUUAGGUUGUCAUGAAACUAAUGAACGGUGAUGUUCUGUCUUAUUUUAGUAAAUUCUCCUUUUGAACGGUGAUCUUUUGUAUCGCUAAUAGCAUCUCUCUUCUAAAUGCCAAGAGCCGAAGUAAUUUAUUCU